UUUUUAAUAUUUAUUGAGUGUUUAUAAUAAAGCAUCAAAAUUUAAAACAUCAACAAUUUUUUGGCAUAAAGUCUACAAAAAAUAACAAAAAUAUUCCUAUACAAAUUACACUGAAAAUACCAACAGCAAUUUACAAAAAAGUAAUCUUCACUUCAAUUAUCACAUCUAAAUCAGUCUGUGCACAUGACCACAGCGUAUUCCAUAGACACAUAAUACUCACACUGGGAGCACACGUUUUGCUGUCCUACUCUUUUUGUAGGAUAUACUUGAUAUCUCAGUUUUGCUGUUUUGUCAAGGUUAUUGUGUUACAGAGUGUGCAGCCAACAGGAACAUAAAAUAUCAAAAGAAGUUCUUAAAUUCUUACUGUGUGUUGUGCGUUUAGAAUACACCUCAAUGGGGCUGGGGGUUUAGCUCAGCACCAUAAGCACCUGCCUUGCAAGCAGGCGGUCAUGAGUUCAAUCCCCGGUACCGAUAAAAAAAUGAAAAAGCCAAAAAAAAAAAUAAUAAUACACAUCGAUAUAUUUUCACAUCAGCUGUGUAUUUCUUUAUAAAACCCAAAGAUAACAUCAAAAAUAGAAACCUAUGUGAACUGCAAUGUAAAUAGAAACAAAAAUCUACCACAUAAAUAAGCUUUGCUUCAACUGUCAUAUCCAAAGCAGUCUUUGCACUUGUCAUACCCAAGGCAGUCUUGCAUGUUCCAUACACGAGGGACACUUCCACUGAUAGCAUGUUUUGUUUUCCUGUAUUUUCUUGUAGGACACAGUUGAGAUCUUUUUGUUUUCCUCUUAUCAUCGUGGAUCUAGGAAGCUGUGUGUGCCUAUUCACCUGUCAGCUCACCAGUGCACUCCACAGUACUUCACAUAAUUCACUGACAAGAAAAGCUGGAUUUUUCUCUGCUGUAAAUAAUCUCAUAUGAACUGUAGUCCCAAACCAUAAGAACAUUUCUGUUCAUAACAUCAUCUGGUUUAUUAUUCUAUGAAUAAACACCUUGUGGCUAAGUUCAAGGCUAAAUGUCUAAAUUGAAAGCAUAAAAAGUCCUCACAUGCACAAGGGCAUGCAUUAUGCCAUAGUUGACCCAUCAUUUUCCAUGAGGCCUUUACAUUCCUGCAAUCACUAUGAGAAAUCCCUCCUAAGCACACUGAUCCAUAAAUGCUUUCAGUUCAGCACCAUGUCAUAAAACAUUUUUGAAUAUGGCUAAUGGUGCAUAGAGAACACUUUACUUGAAUUUUAACCUCUGUAUAUUUCACAGAAUCUUGUAACAUUUCAUGUGUUAAAAUUUCCAACUUUGAAUAGCAGUAUCAGCAUUCGUCCAAUACAUUUCACUCUUGCCAAGUCCCUCACUAUAUUUUGGACUUAGUAUUAACAUUAGAUCAUUUCAUUUGGUUAUGUGGCCAUUUUGCAACAUUUUCACUAGUCAAAUAUGUAUUCACAUUGUUUUGUCAUCUUAACAAAGGAGGUCGGUAUCAGUAUCAGUUGAUCUUUGCUCCACUUCACUGUCCCAGGAAGUUUGACUCACAUGGCCAAUUUCAAAGUCCUCUUCCUCCUCUUCAUCGACAUCCAUCCAUCCACAACACUCUUCUGUUAUCAAAGUGUUUUGUCAUAAUGGAUCAUCUUCAUCACUCAUGCAUGAGUAAUCUGACGAUUCAUUCACUUGUGACCUCCUCCAAGAUAUAGUUUUCACAUGCCAUUGUACAGAACUGGGCUAUUUCCACCAGAAAAAUCAAAAGAAAGCCUUUAAAAAGACAAAUCCUGGAGUAAUGGGGGAUUAUUGAACCCUCUUUGAUGCUUGAAUAAACACACAAAAGCAGUUAGAUGGAGCACAACGUGGGUGAAAAUCCCAUUUUGAGACUUUUGCACUUGCUCACACACCUCAUUGUUUGACACAGCAAGUGGAUAAUCACAUAAACUGCUUUCCAGUGUCCCUCAGGGGAAGGUAGUGACAUGCCCAGCUGGCUAUUGCACUAAAGUAAAAUUUACUGGUACAGGAUAGGCCUGCUGCAUGUAGUUAUGUUGCUACCUACACUCUAAUAUGUCCCUGUGUCUCCUGAAACCUUUUCUUAACCAAAGACCCACUCCAACAGUAGAGUGGCCAACUCUUCUGUAUUUGGCACAGAGGACUUUUACUUUGUACUUUUUCUACCUUCUUGCUUUGCAUCUAAUUGGGUGAGGUUUCCCAUCUCAUCUCCCAGUCUCUGCUUUUGAUUGGGAAGACACUGCCCCUUCAUUAGAAGGGAAUUAGAGCUUGCAAGAGUUUGCCUCUGUCAGGUGGCUGUUUCAUGAGCCUUGCAGCAUCUUGUCCUUGCUCUUUUUCGUCUUCUUCUUCUUUAUUUUUUAAAAUUUUAUUUUAUUUUAUGUUUUUCGUAUCAGGGAUCAAACUCAGGACCUCACACUUGCCAGACAGAUCUUAUGCUGCUGAGUUGAAUCCCUGGCCUAAAAAGAAGAUAAAACCAAGGAAAAUAAAACAGAACAAAACCGAUCAAGAUAAACCAGUAUAAGUGAUACAGGUCUUUAAAACUUAGAAAAUCAGCAAUAGUUACCAUAAUGCCUCUAUCAUCUUCAAAAUAGCUGCAGAUACCUUUGGACCUGGUAAAAAUCAAACAACAGAAUAGAGCAGAAACAACAAACACAAAACAAUGACUGCAGUAAAGGACUUCAAAACAAGCUCACAGUAAGUCCAGAAUGGCUACCAUAACACGUCUUGCUAUCUUUUGAACAGUUGUUCAUGGCUGCAGAUUUAAUAUAAUCAAACAAAAUGAAAGAAAAAAAACCCAACCAACAAAGCAAUGAAAAUGACAUGGUUUCCAGGCAGAGCCCACCCCCUUGUGAGGCCUGGUUCUCGCUCCACAGUCUGCAAAUGCUGCUGACUGGGAGAGAGGCUUGGGCGUGGCUGUCCCCACUCCAGCAGCAGCUGUCCUGCUCUUCUGCAGGAGCCAUUCGUUUUGGAGUCAAUGGGCUCGUCACCUGUGUAAAAGCUACUUAUGUUUUCUUUGAGGAUGCCGUGGAUAUAACUUUGAAAAUCCCAAGGCCACCCCAGGGUGGUAUGAAUCCAUGGCAGUUAAACAUAGCCAUAUAUAGGAUGCUGCCCCAUAUCUGGGGAGUGAGUUUGUAGUUUCCUCCACGUAUGCCACACUGUGUCUCAGGAAAUACAGUACUACAGGGUGCAUUGUUUUCUUUUCAAUAUGUGAGCCUCUAACAUGUAGAAUACAAAACCAGUCCUGAUUUUCAUAAAGGUCCACAUAUUCAGCUUUAACAGACUUUUCUUCAGACUUGAGUUCCUGCAAAAAAAUUCUCCUUUGUGAGCCAGGGUCUUGCUCUGUAGCCCAGGCUGGCCUUGAACUCACAGUGAUCAUCUUGCCUCAGCCUCCUGAGUGCUGGAUCACAGGCAUGUGGGACCAGAGCUGGUUCUUCCAUUUCAACCUAAGGGACUCCUCUACCCAAGGCAGGCCUAGUAGGAAGGAUGGACAUUCUUCAGUGCUUGCAUCUAAGAAUGUCUGAGCUUUCCCCCUCAUUUUAAGGACAGUUUUGCUGGAUGUAAAAUGCUUAGUUGAGAGAGCUUUUUGUUUUGUUUCACUGUUUCAUUCACACAGCACAUGUCCACCUGUUUCCUUCUGUCCUCCUGUAACAGAAUAUCCCACACCCCAGUCAGUAUACUGCAGUUUCUUAGUUGUCCAGUUCUGUCUCUAAGAAACGGCUGGUCACUGAGACGCCUAGCUGGUCACUGUGAUGCACGUUGCAUAAACCAGCCCCAAUCAACAAGCCAUUUUGCCCCUGUACUCCCCACUUGCUUAUCCUAUACAGGCCUCAGACCAUCAGAGAUCAGGGCCUGAUAUUCUGGGAAUGUACCAAUCAGUGCCCGUUGGUGUAAAUAAAUGUGUCUCCAACUCUUGGGUGUCCUUUCUGUGACUGUGCUUGCCGCUGCUCUCCAAGGAUUUUGAGGAUAAGUCUAAUGACUAUGUUUUUGGGGAAUUGAUGUCAGCUGCACAGGCAUUAAUUUGUCAUAUUUUGUACACUGACCGUUACGUUAUUCUAAUGUAAGUGAAGUUGCAGCAUCACUUUGACACCAGUAAGAAUUAAGAGCAAAAGGAACUGGAGAUGCUGAGUGUAGACAUCAUGGGAUCUCUAAAUGUAAGAGGUAUUACAGAUGCUGAGAACAGAUUCUCAGAACAGAAACAAAAGGGAUAUUGAAGCAUCCUACAGGUUUGAAUUUCAAAAACUCAAGUGUCAAUCUCCAUAACUCACAUUAGUAAGACAUUUUGUAACAUUUUUCUGUUAGAAACAAAAGACCCUCAUGGCCAAGAGUGUGAGGGGUGAAGUGGAGGUGACCAGCUCUGCCUGGGCCCACUGGCACCAUGACUUCACAAGAUCCCCUGUGAGGUCACAGCAGAUAGCUGUAUAAGGUAGGGUUUUCAGCCCAGAGACCCUUUGUGGGUGAAGUGGAUUGGUGUUUGGAGAGUAGUUGGUGGUUGGAGAUUCGAAAUUUUGAUAAUUGAUUUUAUAAUGUCUAGUUCCAUCAAGGCAUCCUUUGUGGCAUGUAAAACAUCUUUGCUGGACGUCAUGUCAUCGUCCACAGAAAUGUCGUCGUCCACAGAAAUCUUCUGGGAAGACUAUGACAUGCUGUUGCCCUUUAGUGAGGGUAACUUUGCCACAGUAGUACUCACUGAACAUGUGAGCACAGGGAUGCUGGUAGUUGUGAAGGUACUUCACAAGAACAAGUUGGGGCCUACUGCUGUUAAACAGGAGGUCAGCAUUCUAAAGGACCUUCAGCACCCCAAUAUCAUUCAGUUGCUGGAAGUGUCAGAAAAUAGUACCUGUAUGUUCCUGGUGUUGGAGUAUGCGCGCGGGAAAGACCUGCAGCGCUUUAUCAAGUUUGCUGAGACACAGAAGCUGGAGGAAGAGAGGGCCCGGCUGAUAUUCCGAGAACUCCUGGAGGCUGUGCGGUACUGCCAUGACAGGGGGAUUGUCCAUGGGGACUUGAAACCAGCAAACAUAUUAAUGGACCGUGAAGGCCACCCCAAGCUCAGCGAUUUUGGCUUGGCUUUCAGGUUCCAUCCUGGCCAGGAGGUGACCGCGUGUGGAGGUACCCUAUACUAUUCCGCCCCUGAGGUAUUCUUAAAAGAGAACUACCAAGGCCCACCACUGGACAUUUGGUCUUUAGGCAUAAUUUUAUAUGAAAUGAUCGCUGGGGUAAACCCAUUUAAUGGGAGCCAAGGACAAGGGAUAGAGAAUGCCCUGAAGGGGCGAUACCAGUUUGCCCAGCACUUCUCCAAAGAGGUGCAAAGCUUAAUCAAGGGUCUUCUCAACCCUGACCCAAGCAUGCGCCCUACCAUCGAGCAAGUAAGGCAGCAUCCAUGGCUUCGGCUGGAAUCUGUCCCUCGUCAUCCUCCUAAACUGCUCCCCAAAGCCACAGAAAGGGCAAUACUGCACAUUAUGGAUGGGAAGGGGUACAACCCGCUGAAGGUGAUCGAUGCAGUGAAGUACAGAAAAUACGAUCCUUACAUGGCGCCCUUCCUGCUACUACGGGGCAUGGCACUCUGGAAAUUCCACUUCAGAUCUGAGGCGAAGCCCACACACAAACAUAAGGCUGAAGAUCUGUUUGAACAGCCCACAAACAAAGAUGACAAUAUGGAUGAAAUUCGGCUAUCUUCAUCUCCUCCCCCUGUAGCUGCCCCACCAGCUAGGAGGGAGAGUGAGCCCUGCCUCUUCACUGGCCACUUCCUCCCCGAGGUGAAGCCUCUCGGCCAGCAAAGGAAGACAGUCUCCCUGCCAAUUGACAUCAGCCGGACUCCCCCUGCUCGCACAUCCUGCCAGCGCGGUCCAAACUUAGUUGGUACCUCUGGCCAGCCAGGCCCCGCUAAUCUCAUAGCAUCCCACAAACCAAGUUGUGCUGCUGCUACUACCAAGGCCUGCCAGCCCAGCCAUACUACUACCAUCAAGUCCUGCCAGCCAGGCCCUUCUACUCCCAAAGCAUCCCAUCAACCAAGCCCUGCUUCUCCCAUCAAGUCCUACCAUCCAGGACCUGCUACCCCUAAAGCAUCCCGUCAACCAAGCCCUGCUUCUCCCAUCAAGAAAAUCUUCCGUGCCUCUACUAGGCCAUGCUGGCAGCCCAACCCUGCCUCUCCCGGUGAGUCCUUCCAGCACAGCCCUGGGACUCCAAAUGUUGCCUUCACUGCUGCCCCAGCCCCUGUCAGCAGUAGGAGGUGGGGCUGGAAAACUGUCAAGAGAACCAUGAGAGACUGCCUGCAGGCCCUGUGCUGCUGCCCCGUAUCGACAUGCAAGUGUCACAAACACAAGGUGGUCCCAGUUGCAGAUCCAUGAUCCCUCCUAUGGACGUGGUCAUCCUGACAGCGAGGUCAGCCACACAAGUGGAAGCCACAGUGAGUUGCCUUGCAGCCCUUUGUGUAGGGAGCUGGAGGGGAGAGGAGGAGUCAAGAUCACUAGUGCAUCCUGUGGGCGAGAAGCAGAGGGAGGGGUUGGUGCACAGCAUGGGAAGGCUGCACAGGCACCAGGAGCUGAGAGCCAGUGAGAGGAAGACAGGAGGAGCAGGGGGGAGAGUCACCUGGCUUGUAUCCUGCUGUCUGAGGGAGGCUGCCCCAGGGACAGGGAGGGCUGGGCACCAUGGACCUGACCACAACCUCCCAUGAGGAUGCAGGGAGACCUGGGUACCAUGGACCUGACCACACCUGACCACAACCUCCCAUGGGGAUGCAAGGAGACCUGGGUCUGUGUCUGGGUGAAACUUUCCGAGUACAGCUUCAGCGUGAUCCCAAAGACUCGGGCCUGGGCAUCUCUGAGUCUUCUGUGCUCACCUCUCAGCAGGGCUGCGUGCAAGGCCUUUUGCCAAGAACACACCUAGUGUCACUUCGAGGAUGGUGAGUCCAGGCAAAGAGAGGCAGUGCCAUGUGUUCCAUAGGCCAGAACCUUGUGGUCAGCCCUGGUCACCACACAGAAGCCUUGACUUGUGCAUGUUGUGAGCAGCCAGGGGACAUGCCAAGGCUACUCUGAGCCUCCAUCCACCAAAUUCAUGAUGGGAGCCGCUGCAGCCCUGCUCCUAAGCAGGUGUGUGACAUUGUCCCUAGAUCCUAGGCCCAGCCAUCAAGUACCCUCUUCACUCUACAAACCUUUGUGAUCCCUGCAGCAUUCUUUUGGGGUCCUCCCUGCCCCUAAAAAGGGUGCUAUGCUGUCCACUGCCACCGUGUGGUAUCAAGAUGGAACAGCAGUGGCAAGGAAGGGCUGGGUUCCAAGGUCUUGGGAAAGCUUUGUGCCCUCACCUUGGGGCUUCUGGGCCUCUUGAGAGUUUGAAGAUGGGGAGAGGGGCAGGAACCCCAGAAAG